AGAGAAAUGUCAAAUUUCAUAAUCUAGUUUUAAAAGUGGUAUCGGCAACACUCACUUAUAAAAGAGCUAAUAAACAAUUGACUUGGAAACAGAAUACCAGCAGCAAACAAGGAUGCUUUCUUUUAUAAUUUUGUCGGUUUGCAUCGCUGUUUGUAACAGCGCGUCACAAUUUCCACACGGCCACGAACUACACGUUUUGGUAGAAAACGGAUUUAAUGCAAUGGAUACAGAUAAAAAUGGGGAAUUAUCGCUACAAGAAUUGAGUCAAGUAUAUUACAAUGAGGACUUAAACCAUGACGGUAAGCUCACCCUUGCUGAAUAUGCCGCUUACUGGAAAACGACACCUGAGGCCUUGGCGCCAAUUUUCAAUGUAUGGGACUCGGACAGAGAUGGUUACGUCCAAGCAAGCCACUUGACUGCUUUUGGGCAUUUACUUGACCCAAACGGUGACGGCAUCGUUACUAAACACGAAUACGAACAUUACAUGACCGGCUUCCUGGAGUGUGUAUACGCACAUGGUCAACACGGACAUGGUCCUAACUGCGAUCAUUAAUAGUUUUAUCUAUCUUUGAAGAUAAUAUAGUAGAAUAAAAGUAAAGCAUAGA